CCGCUUUCUCCUUCGCUUCACUUGCUGCGCCUGCGUGCCCGGCCAGGGUUUGUCCGUUUUCCCCAAUCAAUCAAUCCCCUUUUUCCUUUUUUUUUCUUCUUCGUCGCUUCUUUUUUCCGUCUGGUUUCCCGACCCUGCGCCAAAGGGGGGAGGAAACCCUUUUCGCUAUUUGUCUCUGACUGACCCUAGUCGGUCCAGGUUCGAGGGCCUGUUCCUCUGGGAAUCCACUCGGUCCCAAAAAGUCGAGUCUUUAGGAGCGCUAUGCGCGGUGUUUGUGCGCCUAUAAUCAGUCGUCGGUUGAUGCUCCGCGUGUCGUUAUUUCUUUUUUCGUCCCCAAAACUGAGUUGCUUUUUUUCCUUUCUUUUUUUGUGGUCCUGCGAUGCAGAUAUUGUAGCUCGGGAAUGUUCGUUUGCUUGUCUUCCAGAUGCUCGCUUGGCAUCCAGGUUCUCGAUCCCGUAACGUCCUUCUCGGCUGUAUUUGCUUUUUUCGACCUCGUCCCCUCUUUC